GCGCUGGUCGCUAGGACUUUUGUCGCCUGCAUUGCUAGGCAACGCGAAGCCACGGGAGGGCGGCUCCCUCUCCCGCGGCUCUCCGCAGUUUCGUGUGGGAGGCCCAACCUGCGAUGGGAACCGGCGGCGCAUUCGAAAAGAAUAACCUGAAAGAAAGAAAUGAAACUUUCCAGUGAGCUCCUGCCUCGGGCACAUAGCAGUGAGACCAUUCUUCAAACCAUUUCAGACCUCCACAAUAGUGACUCAAUAGGUUUAAAAUGGCUAACUGACUCAGAUACUUACAGUCAUGCUUUUCUGCUUGCAAGGGCUGAAGAGCAGUUGGAAAAGCAGAUUAAAGCUGGAGAUCCUCUGGCAUCUUUCCUUAAAGGACAGCUGUAUUUUGAAGAGGGAUGGUAUGAUGAAGCAUUAUUGCAGUUUGAACAAAACACAGAUUUUCAGUCCAUUUAUCAGCUAGGUGUAAUGUAUUAUGAUGGACUUGGGACGCCAGCAGAUCCUAAAAAAGGCGUGGGGUAUAUGGAAGAGAUUAUCAACUCUACCUGCCCAAAAGCAAGACAUUUAAAGUUUGCUGCUGCCUACAACCUUGGCAGAGCUUACUAUGAAGGAUGUGGGACAGAGAUUUCUGAAAAAGAAGCUGAAAGAUUAUGGCUUAUUGCUGCAGACCAUGGGAACCCAAAAGCAAGUGUAAAAGCUCAGAGUGCCCUUGGGAUGUUAUAUUCAGCACGCCAUCCAAAAGAUCUGAAAAAGGCAUUCUUUUGGCAUUCAGAAGCUUGUGGGAAUGGAAGUCUGGAAUCGCAGGGUAUCCUUGGUCUUAUGUAUCUUUAUGGACAUGGUAUACAUCAAAAUUUAAAGGCCGCUCUGGAGUGUCUAAAUCAGGCAUCUGAUCGUGGAAAUGUCUAUGCUAAAGGUCAUUUGGUGGAAUAUUAUUACAGAAGAAAAUUUUUUACAAAAGCUGCUGAGUUUGCCAAAAGGUGAAUUAAUUUCAGCUAAUGAGGAAAAAGGUGUUAGAUCAAAUUCAAAAAUAGUUGGGACAUACAUGGUACCUUUAGAUAUUUUUUGCAAAAAGACCUAGGAAGAAUCAGCAAAAACAUUCUGCUAGUUACAACUAGAUCUCAUUUGCUUUUGACUAUCCUCUUUCCUGCAGCAAAAGGUGAAAAUCCUCAAAAUAAUUAGUUGCCUUUUUGCCCUUAUAUCUCUUUCUUUCAUGCAGAUUUCAUCUUGUGGAGAUGAGGGCUUUCUUCUUCUCCUGUCAUGUUUCCUUAGUAAGAAAUGAUUUUAAUUUCCAUUGGAUCAAAAAAUCAAUGUUAAAGUGCUAUGUUGCCCUUCUCUUCCAUCUAAAGGGUGAUUUCAUUAAAAAAAAGUUUCUACCCCAGCACUUGGAUGACUUCCAAAUUUGGACAAAAGAGUCAGCACUUCCACAUUCUUAAUCCUUUUUAAAUUAGAUUAGUUUCUGUUAAAAGAUCUGUGACUUUACAUUGGCCGAUAGUUACUGUAGCCAGUGUGCCUCCAAAUACAGAGGUUGCAUUUAGUUAGCAUGGCUAACAACUAAUGGUAGACCUGUGUUCCAUCAGUUUGUGUGAAAUCAUCUAAACUAUUGGCUGUCACCACAUCUUAUGGCCUCAAAGUCCAUAAUUAAUGUGAAGUUUCUUGCUCUGUCAAGAAUCACUGGCAAUCAAUUUCAUUGUAUGACCUCAAGAUGGAGAUGAUGGAGAGACUGAAAAAUGGCCAAAUACUUCCUUUAAUAUAUCAUGCCUAAUUUCAGAAAUGUCUGUUGUGUCCUGUACUGCAAGUUUAAUUUCAAAACUAAAAAAAACUCACUUUGCCUGCAUACACUCCUGCAAGUCAGUGCAGGGAUAAAAAGUUGUAACUAACUUCUUCUUUCCAAAGUGAGAACAGCAACAAAGCUGUUGCAGAUCCCUCUGCUUGUAAUGCCAUUCAUCUUUAACACACAUUGCACCCUGCAGAAUAAAUAGCAACAGAAGCAAUGUCAAUAUUUUCUUCAUAUGCUCCAGGCAUUUUUUUAUAUACAUCUCACUGAGUGAGAAGACACAUAAAGGAAAAACUACAACAGUGCCUCUGUUGCUAUUCAUAAGAAUAAGUGUUUUAUCAAGCCUUUGCCUGCAUCUUGAAUUCUGUGUGAGGAAUAGCUGAAGGACAUAAAUAGUGUCUUUGUGACCAGAUGACACAGGACAGACAAACAGGAGAUUCCUGAUAUCAUACUCCACUUCUUGCUAGGCUCAGUCCACAAAAUAAUAAUAAUAAUACAGAGAUUUAAGUGUAGUUUCCCAGCAAUACCAAACUUGAUUUCUCAGAACAGACAUCUGCUGUCACACUCAAACAUUGCUAUGCUCUGGUUGAUGGCUUGGAGGAUACAGCCAUAACCCACCAUCUUGAUAUUCCUGGUCUGACUGCACUUUCAGACAAGCAUCCUUUCCUAUAUGGUAAAACAGUGACACUCCCUCCCACACCAUUGUAAGUCAGCCAACUUGCAAUUUGCACAUGUAUGUGAUGCUCAAAGAUCAAGAAGACCAUUUGCUCACCUGCAACUGUAAUUCUUUGAAUGGUCAUCUGUGUACUCACAGACCCCACCCACCAUCCUACUUUGGCAUUGAAGUUGCACUUUGAGUCUUGAAACAAGUUUUUUUUCAUGUAUCAACAUCUGUAUUGAUGUUGCUUUCAGGGCCAUAAUUGGCCAUUUCAGGAAAUUGAGGGAACAGGUGGGAACUCAUUCAAGACAUGCGUGCCACAAUGGUGGAGGGCUCCUGCCAAACAUUCCUCAGCUACAGAAGUGUCCCAAAUGAGUCUCCACAUACCUGCAGUAAAAGAUCUGAGACUGCAGCAUUUUUUCACAGAAUUCAAUUGUGAAAAUCUGGUGCAAAAUGCUUUCAUUGAUUUAGGCAUUGAUUGUGCAAGUUAUUCCUAACUGUUCUAAAAGUUGCUCAUCUUUUAUCUUGCGUUGUGAAUCCAAACAGAACCACAGAGAAUGACGAUGUUGAAAAUAUAGCAAAAGCAACAGACUGCAUUCCUUUUUACAUUGCUAGAGGGCUUGCAAUGACAUCCUUCUAUUUGGCUAGAUGUCUCCAGCUUGGCCUAGGAACACAACAAGAUUUAGAA